CGUCCAAUCCAAGUGAGAUUAUUAGAGAUCUCGGCGCUCCCAUACCUCCCCCGCUUGAGUUUCCUCGCCUGCCGUCCUCAGUCCGGACUCCGGAGGGUUCGCGAGAGAGAAGGAAGCCAUGGCGGAUUACCACUUCGUGUACAAGGACGUGGAGGGGGCGAGCACCCAGUGGGACGACAUCCAGCGGAAGCUUGGCAACCUACCCCCCAAGCCGGAGCCCUUCAAACCCCCUCCUUUCGUCCCCGCCGAGGACCCCGACCUCCAGCCCAAAUCCAAGGCCUGGAUCGACGAACGCACUGUCGAAGAGCUUGAGGACGAUCUCGAUCUCGAUGACGACCGAUUCCUCGAGGAGUACAGGAAGAAGAGGCUGGCCGAGAUGCGAGAGGCGGUCAGGAUUUCGCGGUUUGGAUCGGUGGUCCCCAUCUCCGGAUCGGAUUUCGUUCGGGAGGUCUCGCAGGCGCCACCCGAUGUUUGGGUCGUCGUGUUUCUCUACAAGGAUGGAAUACCAGACUGUGGGAUACUCUUACGUUGCUUGGAAGAACUAGCUACCAGAUACCCUGCAACAAAGUUUGUAAAGAUAAUAUCCACGGAUUGCAUUCCGAACUACCCAGACCGUAACCUUCCAACUAUUUUGGUUUACAAUAAUGGUGCAGUUAAAGGAACUUAUGUAGGGUUGCAUCAGUUUGGUGCUCAGAGAUGCACACCUGAAGCUGUUGCUUUAACCCUUUGCCAGUCUGAUCCAGUGCUCAAUGAUGGUCAGAGUGGGAGUGAUCCAUCAAGGCAGGCUGUCAUAAAAGGAAUUCGAAAAAAGUUCAUCGAGAAAGUUGUUACGGAACAUGAAGAUAAACAGGAUGAGUACUCUAGCGAUGAGUGAUCAGUCCUCAUCUAAAUGCACCUGUUGCAUGGUCGCUUUGCAAUGCUUUUUAGUGUGUGGUUUGCAAUCAAGAGCUUCUCGUGUUUUUUAAUGGGAUCGUACAAUAUAUUUAAUGGUUAUCAAAAAUCAAGUUUUCUCUUGUUUAUAUAAAUUGAGUGAUUUAGGUUUGCUAAUUUGCUGAGUUUGUAAGGAACUUGUAUCAUCGAGAAGCAACACAGUCAAUGGACAUUCCUGACUGCAUUUACAACCACAAUGGAAGUGAAAAUAUGAUUACCAGUAAAAGGAAAUAU